CUAUUGCAUGCUUUAAGAUAACGGUUAACCUGAUAUCAUAUGACAUUGUGCAACGUAGUGCUCAACGGUACAACAUGUACUAGUAAUGGCGUCCGGUGACUAGCGGUAUAUUUUAUGGAGUUUUUAAAGUGACACCUAUUUGUUGGAAAGGAGGCAAUUUCAGACUUUGAUCGCACAUUAUGGCUGAAUAUAUUCCAAAGCUUAUUGACAAGAACUUUCACAACUGGAUACGAGGAAACCUUGCUCUAAACAUAACAAGAGAAGGUGUGGUCGACAUCGUUUCCAAUGAGAUGAAUAAUUUUCAUCGGGACACACUGAACGAAAUACUCUCAGCAGAGCAGAUUACUCAACAGAAAAGUAAACCGUGCUCAGAAUGUUCAAUUGAAAACAUCUUCCAGUGCCCAACGAGAAAUGUUUGCAUUGUUAAAAAGGGGGAUUGCCAGUUUCACAACACACCGGAAAAGAAACACAGGCCUUGUCCGAAUCUAUUUUGCGAACAAAUGCGGAAGAAGAUAGAAAUAAAUCACAAAUUCAACUCACCUUCUUGGAAAAUUACUAAAGUGGAAAGUUGGUGAACAGAUCCAUGGACUUUGGCAAAAUGUUAUUUGCCACCAGAAGGUUACUCUACAACUGCCUCGAUAGCGGAAACAGAUCUGAAUGGACUUUUAAGCAUGAUCCACAACCAUAAAAUUUUCAGUGCUCUUUUUGGUGUGAGGUCCUGUAUUGAAGAGGCAAGAGAUGUCGGAAGAAAAAUAAGACACACCCCAGAUUAUUGUAUAAGUGACAAAACUCUACACGAUUCCAUAGACAAGUUGUGCAAGUUUCUAGAAAGCUGUCGUUCUCCUAAUUAUUGUUCGAAAACAAAGGAAGCAAGUCAAAACUUAAACAAGUUAAAGAAUGAAGAACUCGCAAUUACUACGAAUGACGUAACAAAGAUUCUUCAAGAAGUGAUAAAGGAAAGAACAGCACGCUCUCUACAAGAGUUGGACAGCAAAUCAGCUGAGGUUUUACAACAAAUACUAGAUUAUAUGGGUCGUUGUCAAGAUAAAACUAGUAAACAUUUAGACGACAUCUUCGCAGCAAAGGAAGCGGCACUGGCUAGUAUAGAAGACUGUAAGGCAUCUGCUAUAGAUGAUAUUAAAACUGCAAAACGUUACGCAGUAGCUGACAUAAAAAAAGUAUCCGAGUCGUGUAUCAAAGAGAUACCGGAGAAAUCUAGCAACGCAGUCAGUGUUUUAACGGAUGCAGACUAUCAAGCACUAAAACAAAAUCUCCGUGAAGACUUGAUUACAUAUUAUGAAGACGAAUACAGCAAUAUACCACUGACACCUAUGAUACCAGAAAAUGAGGUCGAUCUUCUGGAGUUUUUUGUUCCGCCAGAAUUGAUGAUAUUAGAAAGUACCACUGAACUACGACAAAGGAGUGCACCGAAAAACCUAGUUACGUCCUUCUCGGAAAUAUUUAUGUAUGGUGAGAAAAUGUGCCGCAAUAUCUUCAUUACAGCAGAAGCGGGACAGGGCAAAACUACAUUUUCAAAACGGCUGUGUCUUCUAUGGUGUCACGCAACAUGCAGCAGAAGCAUAGACGAGAAGAAAGUAUCAGAGGAAGAGAUUAAAUUGAUGAAACUUUUUGACUUUGUCUUCCUAAUCCCGCUGAGAUUUGUUCAUGGAAAUGAGUGUGACAUAGACGAUAUGAUCUUUAGUCAGGUUUUAAACCAGUUAUCACGCUCGCAUAAAUAUACACACACAUUCCUGAAAGAUUUACUUCACCAAGAAAGAAGUCUAGUGAUAUUAGAAGGUCUAGAUGAAUGGUCUCAUCCUAAGGAUACCUGCUGUACAAAUAUAACGCCAAUACCGCAUAGAAAGGCACGGCAAAAUUGCACUGUUCUUUCAACUUCAAGACCGUGGAAAAUACACGAAGCUAAGAUAAGUAAAGGUAAGGACAAAAAGCACCUCGAAAUGUUACCACUAAAUGAGGAUUUAGUUGAGACAUUAAUUCAUAACGUGACAGCGAUGCUACUUACUGAUAUAGAGGAGAGUGUAUCAGAUGAGAGUGUCUACGAACAAAUCACGAGUAAACAUCUCGAAGAAGUCGCCUCAACACCUGUGGUACUCGUACAACUUGUCUGCCUCUUGCAUGAUGGAAAACUUGUCGGCAAUUCCAGAUGUGAUAUUUAUUGCAGCAUUACUGAUUUUAUGCUUUCUCAAUGUGAAGAGAAGCUACAAAGAGGAAAAAGGUCUUGUCUGCUUACUGCGCAACAGUGUUGUCCAAACAAGCUCCCUGAGAUACCAGAAAGUAUGCAAACACAUGACUACUGCAAGAAAUAUUACAUGCUACUUUCAGCGGUCGGAAAAUUAGCGUAUACAACAUUAUUCAAGUAUAGAAAAGAUUCAGCAUUCGUAUUUGGUUCAGCUGUUGCUGAUGAGAUAUUAUCACAAGAUCAGCUUGAAUGUUGCUUAGAAGUAGGCCUCUUGACAAAAAACAAAGCUGUGAACAGUCUUUCAAGCAGACAAAUAACUUUCUCAUUUAUUCAUCAGACCUUCCAAGAGUUCUUCGCAGCAUUUUAUUUGCAGACUCUACCAAUCUCAUCUUGCGUCACUGACGUUUUAAAUGUAUGCAGUUCUAUCGACGUAAUCCUUGAAAUGUCAGGCGUGUUUAUUUUUUUAUGUAACCUUUGUCCUGAAUCUUGCAAUGAGCUUUUCAGGAAAAUACCUGACAUUGUAGGCAGUAGUGAUCUCACGCGAGACUUCCGAUGCAAAAUACUCAGAUAUUCCGAAUCUGAUUCAUAUUCUGUUUUGCAAGAAAUCCAAGACAUGUAUGUAGAAUGUAUCAUUAAUAAUAAAUCAGUUAGACCUCACCUACAAGAUUUGAUAGUGGACGAAAACUGCUCAGAUGAGAAGUACGAAGAUGCCUUAACAAAAAUUGCUAAGAUAAGUGAAGGCCGUCUUAAAUCGUUAGUUCUUGAUAAUGAAGGAGAAGAUGGGAAUUUGAGAGAAGUUUUUCGCAUUUUUGAUCUACACCAGGUACAUUACCUUGAACAACUCGAUUUGUUUGGUGAUAUCAACGGACAAGACGUUGAUCAUAUUUUAGCACGAUCGAAUGAAACUUUAAAGUGUCUGUCACUGGGAAGUUGCACUUUGAUAGAAGGAAUAUGGCAUGAUAAGAUGGUUCCACUUACAGUAGAAAGUAUUCAUACAUUAACAAGUAUGUCUCAGCUGGAGGCGCUCGAUCUCACUUGCUUCACUUUACCUCAUGCACAUCUCGAAGUUCUUGUGUCAUUUAUUACAGAGUUAAAAAGCCUACGUCAACUAUUUUUAGCUAUGGUGAAAUGCAACGACCAUGGCAAUGAUUGCUGUGGCUUUGAUCUAGAUAUCUCCCAAAAUAAGAAGAUCAACAUUCUCGGUUUAGGAUUUCUUCCUCUGUCAAGAAUCAUGUACGACACUACAUGCUUAGAAAAAUGCUACAUAGGAGAUUUCCAAUCGACAGAUGUCUUUUCAGAGUUACUAGCAAGCCUUCCACAGGCAAAUAACUUACAAGAAAUUGAAUUUGACGAAAUAACAUGUCCCAACAAUUUGGAUAGAAUGUUUGAUACUAUAGGCUCACUGCAUAAACUGAAGUUACUCAUGCUUACUAGCAUUAAUUUUGGAACGACAUCGUUGGAGUUAUCAGCUGAUAUGGUUGAUUUAGAAGAAGUAUGUAUGACAGAAGUGAAACUCUCACCUUCUGCAUACAAAGAACUUUUAUUCCAGGCUAUAUCGUUUAAAAACCAACUACCGAAGUAUAAUUGUGUUGACUGUGUCAUGAUAGAUAAUGAAACAGGUAAAGAAACAGUUUUGCCGGAUGAGAUAUUUUCAUUACAUGGUGACAAUGACAGGGUGAAAAUGUAUAUAAGCGAUACAAAACUGUCCCAGAACUUAUUUGAUGAGAAUCCAGAGAUGACAUAGUAGUAUAUUAAGCAUUAGAGUGUGUUAAAUAAUGUGUAGUAUGUCUGGUCCGUGUCUGUGGAUUAGUAUGUGCAACAUACCUCUCAUAGAAAUAAAUAGUAAUGGCCAUAUGUAUUUAAACAAAAAUAUUGAACACAUACCAAACCUUGUAAGGAAUAGUGAUUAUAUCAACAUAUAAUAAUAUUUAACGAUUGCAGUGCUUGUAUAUUAUUUUGUGCUAUUAAGUCGGUAUAUAUGUUACUAUAGUGCAUGCGGUAUUUUCUUGAAUUUGAAAAAAAUGACAUAUUGGUCAGGUUAGGACAUUGUUGCUGUUAUAACAUUAAUUCUCAUGGUCGUAUUCAUAGUUCCACAACUAAGUAGGACAUUCGCCUUUUAACAUAUUGUUUCUGUUCAUUAAACGUUUCACUGUAUAUCCGAUUAACGAUAGCUAGGAUUUAUUUCACGAAAAAUCAUUUUCCUCCCUUUAUAUUAGUAUAAUCUAUAAACUACAAAACAUUAAUUAAUCUCCCUUUUUAUCAUUUUCGUUUUUCUUUUCCGCUUUUCACAAGCCCGCACUAGUCCAAUUUCCUCGGAUAGCGUCAAAUUAAUUCUCCACUCGCAGAUUGACAGUCAUAAAAUAUAGGCCUCUAAAACAAUCAGACCGUCCAAUUGCUCCAUGUGGUUCUGGGAGGAUCUAUGUAUGAACAAAAUUGGAACCACUGCCUUACCCUUGUAUGAUCGUAAGAGGCGACUAACAGGGUCUUGAGUCACUUGGUUUAGCAGUAACCCUGUGAUUCCAGCAGGUGUGCAAAUUUUGAUUCCACACCUCAUGUUUUUAUUUCGAUGUAAAUGAGAUGUGAAACCAAAAUUUGUAGUCCUGUUUGGCGCCAUAUAACCUAUACAGUGUCGGUGCGCCGUAAAACCCAAAUAAAUAAAUAAAUAAACAGCCCGUCCAAUUAAUUUGACUAAAGCCUGCACGUACUACGCGGUGGUGCGUGCACCUGUCUGUCUUCCUGUCCGUCAUAUUUUUUGUCCGGAACAUUACUUAAAAAAACGUUCAAGAUAUUGGCAAUGAGACGAUGUACAGAAAGCUUGAACCGAUUCAGUAGGUAAAGGGUUUCAUAAACUGUCUUUCCGUCAUAUUUUGUAUCAGGAGCGUAACUUUAACACUAUCCAAAGCGUUGACUUGAACAGAAUUUGAAUAUAGGUAGGUGGCGAUGUGGAGUAUAACAACGAACAUUACUGACCUUCCCAACCCCUACCUAAUCCCAAAUCCCAAGACAACUUUUUUCACUUAGUUUAGUGUGCCUUAGUAUCCCGACAUUCGUCCUCGUCCCAAUUUUUUCACCCCCCCUUAACACACACACACACAUAUAUUGUACUGAUCACACGAUGUGCUAGAUUGGUUAAAUUCAUUGAUAAGUGAUAUCAUGUCCCAUUAUUCUAAAACUGUUUGGUGAAAUAAAUUAGAAUAAACAACUCCGAUCGCGAAAGACCCUGGAGAGUCACUGAGACAAAGAUGAUAUAGUAAGGUAACUGAUUCAUGGGAUUCACCUAAUAACCUCGAGGAAAUUGUGAAAAGGAACUUCGUCGUGGUAUGGCAUCUGCAGUCUGUACAAUUCAUGCUAACAAAGGAAUCACUAUAUGCAAAUAUAAAUUUUACAAAAAUAGCGUAUUUAUCUUUUCUAUAUUUUCACUAAAAUUCUGCGCAUUGAAAUAAUAGUUUGAAAUAUAAAAUGUAAAACGUUUUUAUAACAAUCAAAUUUUAGUUCGUCCGUAUUUA